AUGAAUGGUUCUCCAAACGAUUUUCAAAGGUAUGCUAGAGUUUUUCAGCAACAACUAUCAAAAGUGCAACGUUCUUCUGGUGGACGAGGCAAUGGGCCUAUGGGGAAGAUAAUGGGGCUUGGUGGCUUGAUUCUUCUGGGUAGUGGUGCCUUUUUGUUACAACAAUCACUGUUCAACGUGGAUGGUGGUCAUAGAGCUAUCGUGUACUCGCGUAUUAACGGUGUCUCCUCUAGGAUAUAUAAUGAGGGUACACAUUUUAUUCUCCCAUGGUUGGAGACUCCAAUUGUGUAUGAUGUAAGAGCAAAACCACGUAACGUUGCUUCCCUUACUGGUACAAAGGAUCUGCAGAUGGUGAAUAUUACAUGUAGAGUACUUUCCAGACCAGAUGUUAGAAGUCUACCAAUAAUUUAUAGAACUUUGGGUCAAGAUUAUGACGAAAGAGUAUUGCCUUCAAUUGUAAAUGAAGUUUUGAAAGCAGUCGUGGCGCAAUUUAAUGCCUCUCAACUGAUCACUCAAAGAGAGAAAGUCUCUAAACUAAUUCGUGAGAAUUUGGUCCGCAGAGCUUCAAAAUUUAAUAUAAUGUUGGAUGACGUAUCGAUUACGUUUAUGACGUUUUCUCCAGAGUUCACUCAAGCUGUAGAAGCCAAACAAAUUGCACAGCAAGAUGCUCAAAGAGCAGCAUUUAUUGUUGACAAGGCAAGACAGGAAAAGCAAGGUAUGGUUGUUAAGGCACAAGGUGAAGCUAAGUCUGCUGAAUUAAUAGGUGAAGCCAUUAAGAAAUCCAGGGAUUAUGUCGAAUUAAAGAGAUUAGAUACCGCAAGAGAGAUCGCUAGGAUUUUAGCUAACUCUCCAAAUAGAGUAGUACUAGAUAAUGAAUCGUUAUUAUUGAACACACUGGUUGACGCUAGAAUAAGUGGUCAAAAGACAAAAUAA